AUGUUCCGCCAGCUCGACCUUCGUUUGCAAUCCCUAAUUUCGAGUUUGGGGAUCUGGACGGGAUUGGCGGCAGGGAGAAUUGCAACUCGCCGGGACCUGCAACUGGAGAAAGAAGCUGUGAAUAGUGACUCUAGCAAAAUUCGUCACCAGAUCCAUCUCCAUCGUCGCCUCCUACUGGCGAUUAUAAGCUCGGAGAGGCGAGCCUUCCAUGGACCGGCGACGAAUCCGUCACCAGAUCCAUCGCUCUUCCGUCGCGAGUCAACCUCCUUUCCUCCUCGCUUUCGUCGUCGCGGCAGCAACAAUCGACCACAACUUCGGAGAGCUUCGUUCCAAACCCAAGCAGAAGAGAAAUUAACUAUGCCCUUGCAAAUCCAGAAACUUUGGGACCGGGAAAGACGCGAACUAGAAGGCGAGCUCAGCCCAAAUCCGCCAACUCCGAUUCCCAAACGAAGCCACCUACAAGGACUCCUCUCUCUUCAUCGUCUUCAUCGUUGCCGAUUUCCCCCUCUCUCUCGGAUCCUCUCCUGCCCCGUCUUCAUCAUUGCCGAUUUCCCUCUCUCUCUUGAAUCCUCUCCUACCUCUACAACGGAUUUUUCUUCAGAAGUUGCAGAGAAAGAAAGUGAAUUGAUUUGA